UCGCGCAGCGAUAGGCAGAGGUCGAUGAUUGGCAGGCGGAAGGCCCCGUGUCCAAUUUCCAUUGAAAACUCCCGCAUCGUCAGGAUGGGAGGAGUUACGUACAGAAAAAUUGUAGUCUCUGAUGAGGAACAGGAUUUGUGUGAGCAAAGUUGUGAACUGCAGAAUCUGUGUCCAUGGGUGGAAUUAAAAAUUAAUUGGCCAGUGACUCAAGGCCGAAAGCACUAGGUAUCCUCAGAAGACCGGGUUUUGCUAGUCUUAACUCCUAAACCACCAAUAAAAUAGCUUAAUUUAACGGCGCAAUAGUCGUAAUACUGAUUGAAUGACAGAAAGACUUUCCAAUAGAAGUGAGGAAGCGCUGAGGGGGCGGAGCGGUGGCAUCGACAGACACUCCUUUAGACCAAUGAUCACGCCCAUUCCAUUAGGUAGGCGGGCUUUUUAGCUGAACGACAGACCAAAAGAACCAGUGAUCGACCUGAUCUUUGCACUGCGACCAACCGGCAGGGCGGGUUCUCCUGGUGAAGAGCUAGGAGGCGGGAAGAGGGGAAGUGGGCGGAUCACCGCACACCCCGGCGGAAGAGGCAGAUUCAGGAAGCCAUUACGCAGCUGGCUGGACGCGGCUGGGCCGGUCAGGGCUGGGCCCUACGCACUUUGCGUAGCGAGAGGGGUUACCUAAGGCCUGGUGCUUGGCCUUGGGCAAGCCUGGCCUAUCCCCUGUAGGGGGCGGUGAGUGAGGGGCGAGGCUGAGGAAGAAGAAAAGGGAAAUUGGGGAGGUUGAGGGGAUUAUAAUUUAUUUAAAAGGAAGGGAGGUGAGAAGCCAUGGCUGUCCCAGCGAGGAAGAGGAAGAUGAACUUCUCUGAGCGGGAGGUGGAGAUCAUCGUGGAGGAGCUGGAGCUGAAGAAGCACCUGCUGGUGAACCACUUCAACGCUGGGGUACCUCUGGCCGCCAAGAGCGCGGCCUGGCACGGCAUCCUGAGAAGGGUCAACGCUGUGGCCACCUGCCGAAGGGAGCUGCCCGAGGUCAAGAAAAAGUGGUCUGAUCUUAAGACCGAGGUCCGUCGCAAGGUGGCCCAGGUUCGGGCGGCCGUGGAAGGUGGCGAGGUCCCUGGGCCCACGGAGGAGGACGGAGCUGGUGGGCCUGGGACAGGUGGUGGCAGUGGUGGUGGUGGCCCAACUGUAGCCCCUGUACUGCUGACCCCCAUGCAGCAACGGAUCUGCAACCUGCUGGGCGAGGCCACCAUCAUCAGCUUGCCCACUACCACAGAGAUCCACCCUGUGGCCCUCGGACCCACAGCCACUGCAGCCGCAGCCACGGUCACCCUGACACAGAUCCCCACUGAGACCACCUAUCACACUUUGGAGGACGGAGUGGUAGAGUACUGCACAACCGAGGCUCCCCCGCCCCUGCCGGCCGAGGCCCCCGUGGAGAUGAUUACCCAGCACACAGACACGUCGGUCAAGCCACAGGCACUCAAGAGUCGCAUCGCCCUCAACUCGGCCAAGCUGAUCCAGGAGCAGCGGGUCACCAAUCUACACGUGAAGGAGAUUGCCCAACACCUGGAGCAGCAGAACGACCUCCUGCAGAUGAUCCGCCGCUCCCAAGAGGUGCAAGCCUGUGCCCAGGAACGCCAGGCCCAGGCCAUGGAGGGCACCCAGGCAGCCCUGAGUGUCCUCAUCCAGGUCCUCCGGCCCAUGAUUAAAGAUUUCCGCCGCUAUCUGCAGAGCAACACACCAAACCCCGCUCCAGCCUCUGACCCUGGUCAGGUGGCCCAGAACGGGCAGCCGGACAGCAUCAUCCAAUGAGGGCAAGGGUUAAGCCAGCCCUCUGCUGUGACUGCAUGAAACCUCCCUGCGGGCCCUUGUAAGUGGGUUCUGUGAUUGGCCUUAGGCUAGGGCCAGCCACUUGAACAGCCCCCUCUUUGAUGGACAUUUGGGGGCCUAGUGUUUCUAUGAAAUGUAGGAGCUUGGGAAGAGGAACUUGUUGGGCUCUUGGGACCCACUCUCUUAUUCCUCCACCACUUGAGCUGCAUUUCUAAAAACUGACAGAUUGGUUAGCUGGGGGUCUAGGCCCUGGUGAUGGAACAUGUGUUGCCCUGAGCCAUGGCCUGUGACAUGACCCAGACUCAGUUGAGGACAGCUGUAAGGAAGGCUGUCACUGGAGGCGCUGUCACGGCAGGGGUCUGUGCUGAGCUGCCCCUUCCCAGGUGCCAUUAUUUUGAGUAAGAUCAUGUCACUGGUGCUGAUAGUAGUGCAAUAAUACUUUUCUCCCUGGGGAGGCAGAGUGAUGGAGGAAACUCUACCCUUCUCUCCUUCUCACUGUGCUUCAGCUCUCAGGGGACUUUAGUUAAUACUGUGUUCUCACCCUCGACCCCUGGGCAUAACAAGAUCCUUGUUAGUGCCCUGGGCUGCCUCUGCAAUACACCCAGGAUCUCGGCAACUAUGGCUCGGGAACUUGCCCAGAGCAGCCAGAUGGGCUCAGGGAUGCUGAGUGCAGUAGGGACUGGCUUGGCUGCCAUCUGGCCUUCCAGAGUCCUGGGCAGCCCGUUGGUGGUUUGUCCCAAAAUUUUUUGACUCAGGUCAAGCAUCAGGCUUUGGGGUGUUGUACAUUUUAGGGAGAUGAAAAGCAAACCAGUGUGGAAGCUUGUUCCACUGCAGUGGGUCUGAGGUGACCUGUGAACUCUUUCCAGAAGGCUUGCCACAAGCCAGUGGUAUUCUGUCCAUGAGCUCCUUCUAGGAAGGCCUCCAGGACUUCUGAGUGUAGCUCUGUGGCCACACCCUACUUUCUUCCCUCUCACUGACCCCAUGUUCCCAAAAUUCAGUGCAAAAAAAGCCUGCUUGGCAUCACACCCUGACUCUUCUCCCUUGACACAAUGCGCAGCACCUUAUGGCUAUAGUUAACCCGAAGCCAUGAUUGACACUGAAUGUAAGAGGUGGGAGAGUCGAAGGGGACCUGAGAUGCGGGACCUUUGAACAGUGCUCUCCUUCGCCCUUUGCUCGGGGAACAGCAGACAGACCUUGAAAUGCUGAAGGAGGUGGUGUUCCCUGUUCUGUCCUUACGCUUUCUCCCCUGAGAUGAAACUAAUGAUAUUUGUAAGGAUUUUACCCAGAUGGCAUUUGUUCCAUUUUCAGAAUCGCCAUUGAUUAUGGAGACGCUUGCGUCUCCCUAAUUAUUUCCCAAGUUUGCCAUUUUGCUGCUGGUGCCUUGGCCAUACGUGACCAAUGGUUAGAACUUGAGGCCCCAGGUGUCAGCUAACACGUUUGAGAUGCUGCCUGCCUGGACACGUGCAUUUAGAAUUGCCCAUCUUCACUAUGCGAUCAUGGGAAGAUGUGUCCAAAGACAGUUGGUAGGUAACUGCCAUGCCACCAGCCUCUCUGUGGAGGCACGCAUGUAUUACCAGCUACAUAGAGGUGGAGAGGAAUCAGGCCCAGCAAGAAAGUGGCAGAAGGAAAGCACUUCUCAGUGUGGCCCUUUGCUCCCUCUGUGGAGCCUGAUGGCCCCACCAGGGUAGCUGCAAGGCUUCCUGCAGAUUUGCAAUUUGAUUUGGUUAUUCUCUGGGGUUGGAAAUCUGAGCCAACAUUGUGUCUGUUCCAAUUGGGUGUAAAGAGGAAGCCUGGAGCACUUGAACUGACUAGUUCUUUCCAGGUCAUCAUUUUAAAUUAAAGAGGUCAUUUUUUUAUACACAUGUCAUUGUAUCUUUAUUGGUUAUGUAGAAGAGAUGUGGGCUGGCAAAGAGCAGGGGCUGCAAGCUGUGGUCCCCAGACCAAAUCCGGCCUACUACCUGUUUUUGUAAAUAAAGUUUUAUUGGAACACAGCCACACCCAGUUGCUUAAUGAAUAAUUUCUUUUAGAAGGGUCAGCACAAAGCUGGUUCCUGAGGUGGAGGUUAAAGAUGUCCCAAAUGUCCAACUUUUCCAAACUGCUGUACCACUUCAUCAUCUCUAACGUCAACUCUUCCUCCUCCCCUCAAUACUUUCUCUGCCAUCUUUGGGUCCCGUAAUUCAUUGCAACAUCUUACAGAACUCAUCAGCUGUCAAGGAAAUGGCUCAUGCUGUUGUGGAGGCUGGCAAGUCCCAAAUCUGUGGGUCAGGCAUCAGGCUGGAGGCUUCUCCUAACUCACGUGGUUGCAGAGUCAGACAACAGGCUGCUGCUUCAUGAGACUGGAAGCUGACGAAUCAGGUCAGACAAUAGAGUGCUGGCUCAAGUUUUAAGAACCAGAGGUCAGAUGAUGACGAGCCAGAUACAGGAUCCAGAGCAGGAGAGAUAUAUAUAUUGGAUGCAGACCAUAUCCUCAAAGAAACUCCCCUUACUUGAGCAAGGCAGUGCAAGGGUGUGACUUGAAUAAGGGCAGUAAGGGUGAUAAAGGGUAAGAGUGGUGACUUGAGUCACACCCUCUAGUAAGGCAGUGACUCGAGAUUCAUCCCACCCUAAUCCUGCCUCAUUCACAUAACAGGCAACUCACUUCCAAAUGGGACCAUAACUAUAGGCAUAGAGGCUAAGAUUUAUAACAUCACAAAGUGAAGGCCAAUUAGAUCACAAAAUGGAGGAUGACCACAUCAUUACAUAACUGCCAAACUACUGAAAAUCAUGGCACAGCCAAGUUGACAUAUGACAUUAACCAUCACAGCUUCCAUACACGUUUGCAUCAGCAGCAAGCUGUCAGAUCCACUUGGUGGGCCACAAGCACCUUAUUUGCAUAGUCCUACCCAAUCAUUGUAUGGGAGUCACAAAGUCUAUGGCUAGAAGGGCUAUAUUAAGUAAUCCACUGCACUGCAGUCAUUGUCUAUGGCUGUUUUUGAGCUACAAUAGCAGGGUUGAGUAGGUGACAGCAACAUCUAGCCCACACAACUGCAAAUGUUUACCAUCUGGCCCUUUACAGAAAAAGUUUGCCUAUCUCUGGUUUACAGUCCCCGGGUGGUGCAAGUGGUUAACAUGCUUGGCUGCUAACUGAAAGGUUGACAGUUCGAGUCCAACCAGAGAUGCUUGGAAGAAAGGCCUGGUGAUCUACUUCUAAAAAAAAUCAGCCAUUGAAAACCCUAUGGGUGGAACAACCUAAGUGCCCAACAACAGAUGAAUGGAUAAAGAAAUUAGGGUACAUACACACAAUGGAAUACUACGUAACAAUAAAGAACGAUGUGAAUCCACGAAACAUCUUACAACGUGGAUAAAUCUGGAGGACAUUAUGCUGAGUGAAAUAAUCACAAAAGGACAAAUAUUGUAUGAGACCACUGUUUUAAAAACCCAAGAAAAGGUUUACACAUAGGAAAAAAAAACUUUGUUACAAGGGAGGGGCGGGAUGAGGAGGGGAAAUCACUAACUAAAUAGCAGGCAAGUUAACUCUGAUGAAGGGAAAGACACCACACAAUAUAGGGGAAGGCAGCACAACUUAACCAAGGCAACAUCAUAGAAGCUUCCUAGACAUACCCAAACACCUUGAGGGACUGAGUUACUGGGGCUGAGGGCUGGAGACCCUGGUCUUGGGGGCAUAACAUAGUUCAUAAAUAAAAUGUUCUAUAUCCUACUUUGGUGAGUAGCAUCUGGGGUCUUAAAACCUUACAAGUGCCCAUCUAAGAUAUGUCUAUUGGUCCCAUUUCAUCUGGAACAAAGGAGAAUGAUAAAAACCAAAGACACAUGGAAAAUAUUAGUCCAAAAGACUAAUGGAUCACAUGAAUCACAGCCUUCACCAGCCUGACCCCAGAAAAACUAGAUGGUGCCCAGCUACCAGCACCUACCAAACUGCUCUGACAAAAAUCACAAUAGAGGGUCCCCGACAGAGCCAGAGAAGAAUACAGAACAAAAUUGAAAUUCUCAAAAAAAGACUAGACUUACUGGUCUGACAGAAACUGGAGGAACCCCAGAGACUAUGGCUAACGGACCCCCUGCUUAACUCAGAACUGAAGCCACUCCUGAAGUCCACCUUUCAGCCAAAAAUUAGACAGACCUAUAAAUACAAACGAUAGCCAGUGAGGAACGUGCUUCAUAGUUCAGUCAAGUAUAGGAGACCAAAUGGGCAACACCUGCCCAAAAGCAAAGCCCAGAAGGCAGGAAGGGGCAGGUAAACUGUACGAAUGAGCACGGGGAACCUGGGGUGUAAAGGAGGAGAGUGCUGACACAUUGCAGGGA